CCAUGCGCGGUAGGAAGUUUGAUGCGAUGAGCCCCAAUAUAAAACAGGUGUGUUAAUCUUAACGCACACUUUCAAUUGGAUAGCGUGUAGUGCGCGUACCGCUUGCCGCGACGACGUCCAGCUCGCAAUUUGCGUGUAAGGUGAUAAUUGCAGUUGGAAAUUGUUAGGAUCAUCGUUCAAAUUAUUCCCAACAAAAUACACAUGUGUGCGGAGUUUGUUUACCUACUAAAAUUGGAUGCAAUUAUUUCUGUUUUAAUAUUCCACCGACCAAAAACAAUUCGGCGACGAUAUAACAUGCUACCACAUUUGGCAUGGCGUGCCGCCCUCAUUUUAUAUUUUACUGUGGCGGUUAUUUCACAACCAUCGCCUUAUGACACUUCCGAUUUGGAGUUGAAGCGAAAGGAAAAUAUGGUAGUUCACGCAUUCGUGUCGAAAGUGGAUUUUAACAUGGCGGCGUCUAAGGGCUGGGAGUGCAAAUGUUACAAUAUAACAAUGGAGCACGCGCCGGUUGCCGAUGGUGGCGAAGAAGACGCCGAAACAGAGUGUCGUUGUUCCGGGCGCGACUUCAAAGAAGUCCCAAUCGAUCUCGGCGAAAACCUGCACCGUAUCACCAUCACUGAUUCGGAUAUUAUGUUCCUCGAACGGGACUCCUUUCAACCAUAUAUGCUUACGCUGCACGAAGUAAUUUUGGGAAACCUUCCCACAUUGCGCGUACUUGAGCGAGGAACAUUUCGAAACAUAAAACAACUGAAAACUUUGUACAUCUCACAAGCGCCGCAAAUUAAGUUUCUUCACGGCCUCUUUGAUGGGUUCGCAUCAAAGAAUUUCCUUUCGCUUCGCAUAGUACAAACAGGCCUGAUUGAGCUCCCAGAUUUAUCACCACUGCGAUCGUCUGGAACUAUUAUGGAGAUGGUAGAUCUGGAAGGUAACAAGAUCGGAACAAUUGGAACUAAUGCGAUUAAUGUCAGCGCCGCACAAGUGAUCCUCAAUUACAACGAAAUUUCAAUCGUAGAGGACUACGCCUUCAACGGAUCGCAAAUCGGAAAGAUUAACAUGCGAGGAAACAGGCAAUUAACUCAAAUGAAAACUCACAGUUUCGACGGGCUAGAGAGUUUAUUACAACUAGACGUCUCAGAGACAUCCAUUACCGAACUGCCUGUGAUUGGAUUAAAAGAAAUCGAGACAUUAAAAAUCGAAAAUACGCCGUCGAUGAAGCGUAUUCCAAGCAUAUACGAUUUUCCAAAUCUUAAAGAAGCAUUUCUCACACACCCAUUUCAUUGUUGCGCCUUCAAGUUUCCUGAACAACAUGACCCAAUGCGCCACGCUCAACAUCAAGAAAAAAUUCGUCAAGCUUGCGAAAAUCAACCGAAUGUUGAUACCGGACAAACGCGAAAAAAACGCGAAGAAGACCUGUGGGGUGGUGGAAUCGAAUUUACUCAUGGUCGGCCAGCGGCACCCAACGAUUUUACCCCUAACUUGGAGCACCUUAAAGGACACCCGAAUAAAUCGGACCAUUCACAUUUAGAUCCACUGACGGGUAUUUCUAUUGCGCACCAUAAAGCUCACCCACUGCCAAAUCCGGAAAAUGUUGGAUUCUUUCACAAUGCGUCCGCUGAAUUUCCGGAAAAUCACAAAGUCGAAGCAUUCUGUGGCAAUCUGACCGUAAAGACACUGUUCGUUAAGUGCCACCCGGAACCGAACGCGCUUAAUCCUUGCGAGGACAUUAUGGGAUCGAAUUACCUACGAGUAUCUGUGUGGUUUGUGUUGGUGCUAGCCGUAUUUGGCAAUAUGGCGGUGGUAUGCGUUGUCCUGUUCAGUGGUGCUGAACUAACGGUGCCAAGGUUUUUGAUGUGCAAUUUGGCUUUUGCUGACUUGUGCAUGGGGCUGUAUUUGUUCCUCAUUGCUUGUAUGGACUUGCACUCCGUAGGAAGUUACUUUAACUAUGCAUUCGAUUGGCAAUAUGGUAUUGGCUGUCAAAUCUCUGGAUUUCUUACGGUAUUUGCAAGUCAAUUGUCUAUCUUCACCCUUACCAUGGUAACCGUGGAGCGAUGGUUUGCCAUUGCGUACGCAAUCUAUCUGACACGGCGUAUUCGAUUAGGUUUGGCUGCUAAGGUGAUGAUCCUCGGUUGGGUGUAUUCUAUUAUAAUGGCAGGCUUACCAAUCUCAGGCGUGAGCAAUUAUAGUUCAACAAGUAUAUGCCUGCCAAUGGAAGUCAAUCGACCCAGCGACCGCGCAUACCUCGUUGUCAUGAUCGUAAUCAAUGGACUGGCAUUUGUAUCGAUUGUAUUUUGCUAUGCGCAAAUUUAUUUUAGUCUUGCUUAUGAGACGCGCCAUAGCGCCAGCCGCGGCGAAAUGACUAUCGCUAAGAAAAUGGCUUUAUUGGUCUUCACCGAUUUUGCCUGCUGGGCUCCGAUUGCAUUUUUUGCGCUCACUGCUUUAGCGGAUCCGCUAAUUGGAGUUACACACUCCAAAAUUCUUCUUGUUUUCUUUUAUCCUCUUAAUUCCUGUGCCAAUCCGUAUUUGUACGCUAUCAUGACCGCUCAGUACCGCAAAGAUUUUUUUAUUUUUAUGGCCAGACUCGGGUUGUUUAAAAACAAAGCAAAGAAAUAUUCCAUUACGAAUACUGUACAAACAAAUAACACCCCGAUUCCAUUGCUGAUGCGGACUAAUGGAAGGAAAAGCAGCGUUCAACAAACCAGCGCCUUGGAGGAUAUAUUUGUAUAAUUCCUUAAACAUAUUAUUUAUUAUAAAAUGUAUAGAUGUGGUUUUAAA